CUGGUUAUUAUAACAGCGGCAGGGAGCACAUCAGCUACCCUCAGGUUCACUUUGGAUUGAGCUGUGCAGGAGCGGCAAAAGUCCAUCAGGGAGAAGGAAGGACUUUUCCCUUCCUUCCAGCUGCUGCAAUGUCUGGUCUCUGCCUUUCAUUCUUGUGCGUUUUCCUCCUUUUCCCACUGGAUUCCAACUCUGCCUCCGGAGAAGACGACACCGUAGUGGUCACCAGCAGCGGCCCUAUCAAGGGCAGGCACCUCCCUGUUGGCUCUGGCACUGUGACUGCUUAUCUGGGUAUCCCCUACGCAGAACCACCUUUGGGGAAAUUGCGUUUCCAGAAGCCCAUUCCUCAUCAGCCUUGGAGCCAAGUCUUGGAGGCUACCAGCUUUGGCAACUCCUGUCCCCAGUUCUCUCUUCAUGGUUUCCCUGACGCAGAUAUGUGGGCUAUCAACCCACCACUAUCAGAGGACUGUCUCUUUCUGAAUGUCUGGGUACCCCAUCCACGGCCUCCUACCUCAGUUCCUGUCCUUGUCUGGAUACAUGGCGGGGGGUUUAUCACAGGCUCUUCUUCUCUGGCUUUGUAUAAUGGUGCAUCCUUAGCUGCUGAGGAGAAUCUCAUAGUGGUCUCUUUGAAUUACCGCUUAGGGAUUCUAGGCUUCCUUUCAUUACCACCAACUGUCCCAGGGAACAGGGGUCUCUUGGACCAACAGCUGGCACUGAAAUGGGUACAUGAGAAUGCAGCUGCCUUUGGAGGAGAUCCCACUAAGGUGACCAUUUUGGGACAGAGUGCCGGAGCAGCCUCAGUGCAUUUCCAUCUCCUCUCCCCAGGAAGCCAGCCCCUUUUUGCCCAGGCUGUGCUGCAAAGUGGAUCUGCUAAUGCCAUCUGGGCUUGGCUGAGUCCUGAGGAGGCCAGACAGAAAGCCCUUACUUUGGGCCAGGCCCUGGGCUGCACUCAAGAUCAGGACGCUGCUCUGGUGACAUGCCUACAGGGAAAGGAUGUAGCGGAAUUCAGUCAGUAUGAGUUAUCUGCACUUAACAACACAAUGUUUCUGGAUAUUCCUUUCUUUCCCACAACUGAUGGAGAGUUCCUCCCAAAGGACCCGCAAAAGCUUCUGGAGGCUGGGAGCAUUCCGACGAAACCAGUUCUCAUCGGUACCACUUCCGAUGAAGGGUCUACCUUUGUGCCGUACGCUUUUCCUGAUGCUAAAGAUGGGUUGAUAACUUGGGAGCAGCUGUUGGAGGGAGUGAAAAGGACAGUACGAAAGGCCACAAAAGAAGUCAUUCAGGCUGUGGCACUGAAGUACAGCGAAGACGACCGUGGCCCAGCACGCUACCGCCAGGCCCUGGUGCAAUCUAGCAGCGAUUACUUCUUUGUAUGCCCAAUAGCAGAAUUUGCUGCAAAGUUGAGAGAAGCCGGGAGUCCUGUGUACAGUUAUUUCUUCUCACAUCACACUCUUGGUUCUGUUUGGCCUGAGUGGAUUGGGGCGCCCCAUGGAGCUGAGCUGCCUUAUUUAUUUGGUUCCUGGAAGUCAGUGCUGGUUUCCAACCAAACAUUCACGGAGGAUGAGGCUGCGCUGAGCCACAGGGUGAAGCAAUACUGGGCCGAGUUUGCUAGAAAUGGGAAUCCUAAUGGGGUAGCAGCCAAUGAGGUUCAGUGGCCACUCUACAAUGCCACAGAGAAGAACUUCUUUCUCCUUGGCACUGAACCACCCCAAAUUUUACAGAAAUCACCUGCCCGACGUUGUUGCUUCUGGAAAACCCAGGUUUUGAAUGUUGUGUAACCAAGUACUGAUGGACUUUAUACUCCUUAAGGACAGGACUAGAUGUUUCCAAGAAGUCUGGGAAAGGACAGGAAAAUGUUCCCUGCUGAGUAAUAAAGAUUCAUUUCUUGUA